CUUGCGACUCGUAGACCUUCAUCUUCUGCCACACAUUCAAGCUUCUUUUCUCAUUACUCCUUAGUCCCCGAGUCUCGAGUGCAAAGAAAGGGGUUCUUCGUACAAAGAGUACCUCAUUAAUCCGUCAACGUAGCUCGCCACAACGCGUCAUAGUCAGCCAUAUCAGAUACACCAUGGCAGUAGUCCCGAUACUGUCGUCCGCUGAGGCCACAGCACCAGCACCAGAAGUUGCAUCGACCGCCGACUGGAUCACGCAGCAGAUGGAAAAUGUCUCGAUAACGCCUACAACGGCCCCACGACCGGUGACUGGCACGACUGUCCGCAUAUCCGUUCCUCUCGACGCCACCACUCGCUCUGCUGUGUCCACGUCUGCCGUCUACACCGAGCGUAAAAUUCUACGUCGUGACAGUAUCGAGCGCCGCGAGGCUCUGCUCAAGGGCAAAGAAGGCUCGCGGCAGCGUCGACGAUGGGAGAAUGCUCGCCUACUAUCGAACCCCUGGGCUGAACCACCCCUGCCUUCUGAUUUCGAGGUCCGUCCGACUUACCCGCGACGCACUGUCCCAUACUACCUUGCGCCAUUGUGGGAUGCUGCCGAGUUCCAGCGCGCCGUCGAGGCCAAGCUCAAGGGCCGGAAAAAUAGCACAAGAUCGCGAGGAAAGAGAAGCACGGGCAUGAGUCCCAUGGAAGAAGCGGCUAUCAGCAUCCCCAAGGAAGUCAGAGCGAGACUGAAGCGUGCAAAAGCCGCCAAGGGCCUGCUUCAGGACUUGGAAGAGACUGUGCGGGCUUUCGUGCAGAAAUGGAAUGAAAGAGAGGCCAGGCUUAGGGAGGACGGACUUCACGAUGUACCUUUAUUAAGCGAUAGUGAAGAGGAUGAGGAGAUUGUCUUCAUUGGCAGGAAUGGUGCCAUGCUCGACUCUCCGGGUAAGAAGCCGAGACAGAAAAAUGAAGAGCCGGACGAGACGAUCAGCUCCGAGAAAAUGGUAUUCGAGGGCCUGGACAAUGACAAGGGAGCUGCCUUCGCGCGUUGGCUCGUACACUGCGUCGGAAACUAUUAUGGCUUGAGAACCUGGAGUGUAACGCGUGACGUCGGAGGAGAGGAAAAACGGAGAGAGGCAUAUGUCGGCGUCGAUCAUAGAGCCAGAGGAUUCUUGGGCCGAGGAGUUGAGCUUGGUCGAGAGAUCGAAUUACCCCGGCCGCUAUGGGGCAUGGUGUAAGACAGGAAGGAGUGCAUGCAGUUCUUGAUCGCCGUUUGUCCUGGGCUAGGGCUUUGAUUCGACCGACAAUGGUGAAAGUGUUAGGUUUCUAAUCACAAACAAUAUUGUGCAACUGCAAGUCGGCUUCUCAGACACUCGCGGAUAUGCUUCGGUGGCCCACGCUUGAGGAAAUCCAGCGCGGAGUUCAUUGACUUCAGCCUAUAUGGCCAUGCCCAGAACCUGCAAUGAUGUAGGCUGAAUCGGACUUUCUUUCAUAGAGGACGCCAAUAGGCUUCAAUGCAC